CUUACAUAGGUCUAUUUUAAGUUGUUGGUUAAAUUCAGGAAAUGCAUCUCCUCAGCUUCACUCCCCAGCUCCAGUUCAGCGGAGAGACGGAGCACCUGUUGCUGUUUGUCACUUUGUAACUCCGUGGGAGAGAGGAGUCCAAGCAUGCCCAGCGAGAGUAGGAGACGUGCAGGGUGGAGUUGAGGCUCAUGGAGUUGGAGGGGUGUUGGGACAAGAAGUUUGGAAGCAUUGUAUUCGUGUGUAAUUUAAGAACAGAGGAGGUGACCACUAGAAUCCCGCAGGAGAUCCUGACCUAAGUCCAAGAAAACAGGAACAGCAUUAGACUGCUUAAGAUUGGUUUCCUUGUAGGGCGUUUUUUCCCUCCUACUUGGACUCCUUCAGACAUGGAGUCUUCACAGACCAAGGCAACUAACGACACCAAAGAGGAAGGUGCUGCUGUAGAUGCAGAACUAUCCAAAGCCAUAAUGGCUCGAUGUGUCCACCCCUCUCUGAUCGCCGCGGAGGCCUGGGAGGGAUACAUGUUUAAUGAUCAGCAGAUCAGGAUCAAAGAGUCCACAGACCUUUACGGUGCUGUGCUCUGGCCCUCGGCGAUGGUGCUGUGUCAUUUCUUAGAGACCAACCGAGACAAUUACAACCUAACAGACAAGAACGUGAUUGAACUGGGAGCUGGAACUGGGCUGGUCACUAUCGUAGCCAGCCUGUUAGGUGCUAAGGUUACCUCCACUGACCUUCCUGAUGUGUUGGGGAACCUCCAGUACAAUGUUUUGCGCAACACCAAGGGUAGAUGCAAAUACAUCCCACAGGUCACUGAGCUGAUCUGGGGUCAGGAGGUGGACCAGCGUUUACCUCGUGCCACACACUCUUUCGACUACAUCCUGGCAGCUGACGUGGUGUACGCUCAUCCGUUCCUGGAUGAGCUGAUGGACACCUUUGACCACCUGUGUCAGGAUAACACACAGAUCCUGUGGGCCAUGCGCUUUCGCCUGGACCCAGAGAACAGUUUUGUGGAGCGCUUUCAGCAGCGCUUCCACCUGGAGAUGCUGUACGACCUUCCGAGUCUGAGUAUCAAACUGUACCGAGCCUGGAGGAAGGGCUGAGGACAAAGGACCAAAGAGAGGCUGCAGGCUGAACUGUUUCACUUGCUUGUGUGUGUGUGUGUGUGUGUGUGUCUAUGUGUGUUUGUUUGUUUGUUUGUCAUGUCUGAUACCUGAUGGAUUUUAUUUAUUUAUUCUGAAAUUCUGAAAUAUGUUUUCAUGGACCUCAUGUACAAAUUCUACCUUGAAGCUUUAUGAAAGACAUUAAAAUAUGAGUGUGUUUUGACUUUGAAA